AGGUCUCGGUUAAGGCAAAGAAACGGUAGUGCUCACCCAGAUGCUUCAACUCUCCAACCAGACAGCGCAGUGCAGCAGACAUUUUCUGCUCAGAGGAUCCAACCGGUUCUGGUUGGUUAGACGAACAGGCUGGAGGGAAGCCUCGGGUCCAGUCUGCUGAGGAGGAUUUCUUCCAGGAGGUCUCAUCAGCGUAACAGAAGUCCACAACCCCAACAAGAGGCCAAUGAAAUGGGGGGAAGUGGAGAUGACAGCGGGCCGGGGAGGCUGAGCCGCAGACUGUCUCGCCUGAGCGGCAGGCAUCAGAACAGAGAUCCUCCGAGACCUCCAGCCCAGCCAGAAAGACCCCCUGCUCCUCCACCUGACAGGCCUGUUCAGCAAGAUGACAGACCUCCACAAGCUCCCUCUCCGGCCUUGGCUCCUGCUCCAGCUCCUCUCCCCAUGGAAAUGCCACCUAAGCGUCCAGAUAAGUCCACAAAGCCCAAACUCCCCCCUCGGCCGCUGUCUAAGGUGUUCUGUAGCGGUGAACAUGGAGCAGCUGUGUUGCAGGGCUUUGAUUCAUUCCGGGCAGAUGCGACUCUCUGCGAUGUCAUCUUGGUUCCUGGGGACAGCAAGGAAACUUUCCCAGUCCACAGAGUCAUCAUGGCGUCAUCCAGCGACUAUUUCAAGGCGAUGUUUACUGGAGGCAUGAGGGAGCAGGAGAUGAGAGAGAUCAAGCUGCAUGGGGUCACUAAGUUGGGUUUAAAGAACAUCAUAGACUUCAUUUACACAUCCAAAGUCAGCCUGGACAUGGGUAAUCUCCAGGAUACACUGGAGGCCGCCAACUUCUUGCAGGUCAUGCCUGUCCUGAGGUUCUGUAACCAGCUCCUGAGCAGUGAGAUCACAAUUGAUAACUGUGUGGAGGUGGAGCGAAUCGCCAUAGACUUGCUUCUGGAGGACGUGCAGCAAAAUAUAGGUGAGUUUGUGAGCCAGAACCUCUCAGUGCUGGUGGAGUGCGACCGCUACCUCCAGCUCUCUGAGACCACCAUGGCCAACGCUCUCUCCAGCAACUCCCUGGAGGGUUUCUCUGAGAUGGAGCUCUACCACAUCGCGCGAGGGUGGCUGGACCAUGACCAACCCAAUCGCCGCUCCUCUGUCUACAACUUGAUGCGUCACAUUCGCUUCCCACUCAUGAACCCUGGCGAGCUCAUUCAGAUCUCCCAGGAUGACGAGGAGGAGGGAGACUCCAUGAUGCGCUCUGAAACGGCCUGCGUGAACCUCCUGCUGGAGGCCAGCAACUACCAGAUGAUGCCCUACAUGCAGCCAGCUCUGCAAACUGAGAGAACACAAAUACGCUCAGACGCCACCCACAUUCUGGCGCUGGGCGGUGUGAUGCGACAGCAGCUGGUGGUGAGCCGUGAGCUGAGGCUGUAUGAUGAAAAGAGCGGCCACUGGAGGGCCCUGAAGCCCAUGGAGGUGCCGCGUUACCAGCAUGGUGUGGCUCUUCUGGGUGGCUUCCUCUUCAUUGUUGGAGGCCAAAGUACAUAUGACACCAAGGGUAAGACGGCCAUAGACAGUGCCUACCGCUAUGACCCACGAUUCGACAAGUGGCUUCAGAUUGCUUCACUCAAUGAGAAGAGGACUUUCUUCCACCUGAGCGCUCUGAAGGGGAAACUGUUUGCAGUCGGAGGAAGGAAUGCCUCGGGAGAGAUCGACACGGUGGAAUGCUACAACCUGAAGAAAAAUGAAUGGACGCUUGUGGCCAACAUGGUGGAGCCUCACUAUGGACAUGCUGGAACUGUUCACGGGGACCUCAUGUACAUUUCAGGAGGCAUCACCCGUGACACCUUCCAGAAGGAGCUUUGGUGUUACGAUCCCGUCGCUGACACGUGGAGUCGACGGGCCGACAUGAUGGAGCUCCGCGGCCUGCACUGCAUGUGCACCGUGGGAGACAAACUCUACGUCAUGGGCGGGAAUCAUUUCCGAGGCAGCAGCGACUACGACGACGUCCUGGGCUGUGAAUACUACAGCCCAGAGACAGACCAGUGGACAAUGGUGGCGGCGAUGCCCCGGGGCCAGAGCGAUGUUGGUGUGACGGUGUUUAACGGGCAGAUCUACGUGGUGGGAGGGUACUCCUGGAACAGCAGGUGCAUGGUUGACAUUGUGCAGCGGUAUGAUCCAGAGCGGGACGUGUGGGACAGGGUGUUCAACGUGCUGGAGCCUCUGGGUGGGAUCCGUGCCUGUACUAUGACAGUUCAUCUGCCGGAGGGAUCAGUGGAUGAGGCGCAGAUUCAGGAUUGUCCGCUGCCCACGGCGAAGAACUGAUCGAGCACCUUCAAACAGGGGGGUUUCCAGCCUCUGCCUCUGUCAGACCAGAAUCGGCAAGAAGAAAUACGCUGAAGGCGGAAAAACAGGAAGCAGUGUGGGUGGCAAACACAAGCUGCUGGUGCAAGCAUGGCUAGCUAGUUAACAAUGGCAUUCAACAAUUUCAAAAUUCUGCACCUUUCUGUCAAACACUUUAUGUCAUUUCCUGUCCUUUCAUUUCUGGUUGGCCAUGCAACAUGGCUCCUGCUCCGCUUCUCGUUUUGUCGCAGACUGCAGUUUCACUCAAUAUGUCACUAAUUAAAGGUCAAACCCACCCUCCCUCUUAGCAGCGCUGGAAAUCUAUUCAGUGGACAUUGGGUUUUGCUGUUUCACAGAUCAUAGUUCAAUCAGAUUGAUUUCUGAGGCAAAUAGAUUUCAGGCUGUAGCCUGGAGUGUUAUCCAUAGGCCAAAAGACCACUAUACGAAGUUCCAAGCGAGUUAAAGUGGCAGCAGAUGUGCACAGCUGUAAUGUGAGUUUAUUGGCUCCCACUGAACUGUAGUUUCGGGAACCUAGCUAGCUUCUAUUAAUGUCCAUACAAAGAGCCAUAUGAAUUGUGGCCUGCUGCUUUAUAGCCAUGUAGCAAGAUCCAGCCAGUCAUCUGAGUAAAUAUCCCAAGUUUGUGGAAAAUCCUAUGAGCCACUGUGGUUGAUUUAGUAACUCAUGAGUGACCCUGACAUCACCUCCACCGCUGAAACCUCUGGAGAAACUGCAGAGGGUGAGGCUAACACGCCUAACAAUGGUCGACAUAUAUGCAACAGCUACCGACGUGUUUAUUCAUGGGACCAGAGGCCUCCAGUACUGAUAGUUACUGUCGGCCAAGUUAAUUAUGCAACAGAAUUCUAUACAAAAGGUUUGCUCUGUCUCUCAAUCACCUGAGGGGUUCUUGGCCUUAAAAAACGUUCAGUUAAGCUGUGUGAACCGAUCCAGUCAUUUCUCACUAUGGAUCUCAUGAAUAGGUCAAAAACAUGUCAAAACGAUGACGCACAAGCUGAAAGGAACAAACUGAACUCUCUCAAAAUCUAGUUAGUUAUGUGUUUUUAAUGUUUCUUUUUUUUAAUUAUGAGGAAUUUCUAUGGAUAGUAAUUCAUAAGAUGAGAGUUGCACUGUGGCUGUAUGGAAUUCAGUACACAUAUGUAUCACAUGAGCUAAACCGAACUGGAAAUUGCCCAUUUCGAAUGUAGUGCUCCUUUUUUUUUUCAAUUUACUGGUAUUGUACUUUACUACACCUUUAACCUGAUCUUAAAUGUUCUCAGGGUAAUCUUAACAACUUUGUGAUGAAGAUUCUAAUGAGCCGCCCUGAAACAGGAAGUUCAUUCAACUCUGCAUGGUCCAAUUUACUCCAAAAUUGAGGUUUAUGAUGAGAGACUCAUCCUGAAUACAUUUACAUAACAAAAAUCAUGUAAAGUCAUAGGACAACCUAGUGGCAAAUAGGAAAUUGUGUUGUUUUUUUUUAUUAUUUUGAUAUAAUCCUCGUAGCCUCUUGAAGAGGUCCACUUCAAAUUAAAAUAGAAAAUGGUACAUGGUGAAUAUUGUGAGUUUUCAGUUGUACAUGGUUUAAUCUUCCCCAAACUUCACUCAUUUCAUAAAGGACCAGUCUGAGGACUACUACGUCAUAAUUAUUUGGAGUUAUCCACAUUGCGCCGCCUACUGGCAACAGGAAGUAAACCUCUCCUGACAAUCAUCAUAAUUUAUUAUGAUAUUUUCACGGUGCAGUCGUCCCUUAAUAGACUUGAGUCUAAAGAGUUAUUUGUGUCGACUGUUUGCCUCUGGCCAUGGUAAGGGCCCAUUCCACACUGCAACUUUUUAUUUAAUCAUCAUUCAGAACUUUAAAAUGAUUCUCCAUUUGUAAUCAACACAAACAGUCACAUUUUCCAAAUAAAACUGAGUGAAAAAGCCAAUUAUACGACAGAAAUGAUGCACCAACAGACGUGCGCAAAUGGAAUUCCUUUCAAAAAAGUUCGUCAAAGCAGAUUACUUCUGAGAAGGCCCUUGCGAUGUAGUUAAAUGUACUAUUGAAUUAUCUAUACUGAUUGCAUAACCUGUGACUAUGAAGCAAAACAUUCUGUGCUUUUCCACUAUCAGCUCCACUAUCAGCCUCUUUCGUGCCCCCCACAAAGGAUUUCAUUUCUGUACCUCGUUUCCAUAACACAAGCUCAGUCAGUUACUGUCACAGGAAAAAUAAAUGUUGGAUUUUGUAUAUUUAUAUCGAUAUUCAGUGUUCUGAGUUGAAAAUAAAAUGCUUAUUAUGA